GCUCCAUUCUCCACAAUCACCCACAACCACAAGUCGAAAACCCAACCUGAACACAGAACACCACGCACUACAUUGAAAUGAGCAUACGCAUUUUUCCUCUCGUUCUGACCAAGAGGAACCCAUUAACGCAAGACACACACAUCGACACAUCGUGUCCAUCGGAGCACAGGAGAGAUGGCCGGACACGACGAGCUGAAGCUGCUCGGCCACUGGUCGAGCGCCUACGUCACCAGAGUGAAGCUCGCGCUCCACCUCAAGGGCGUGAGCUACGAGUACGUCGAGGAGGAUCUCCGCAACAAGAGCGACCUCUUGCUCGCCUCCAACCCGGUGCACAAGACGGUGCCCGUGCUCAUCCACAACGGGAACCCCAUCCGCGAGUCGCAGAUCAUCGUGCAGUACAUCGACGAGGUCUUCUCCGGCGCCGGCGACUCCAUCCUCCCCGCCGACCCAUAUGAACGCGCCGUUGCUCGCUUCUGGGCCGCAUACAUCGACGACAAGCUACUGGCGCCAUGGAAGAAGGUAUUCAGGGCCAAGACGGAGGAGGAGAGGGCCGCGUGGAUGAAGCAGAUGUUCGUCGCGGUGGACGUUCUGGAGGGAGGCCUGAAGGAGUGCUCCAAGGGGAAGGGAUGCUUCUUCGGCGGCGACAGCGUCGGGUACGUCGACGUCGUGCUGGGGGGUGCCGUCUCCUUCGUGCACGCCAACGACAUGAUCACCGGUGGAAAGCUCUUCGACGCUGCGAGGACGCCGCUGCUGGCGGCGUGGUUGGAGCGCUUCGGCGAGCUCGACGCCGCCAAGGCGGUGCUGCAGGACGUCGACAGGGCGGUGGAGCACACCAAGGUGCGGUACGCACGGAAUGCCGCCACCGCCGCAAACGACUGAAUUAGUUAAGUUAAACAGGCGUGGCUACGUACGUGUCUCCGGCUGGCUAGCUUGCUCGGACAAAUGUACGUCUGGAUUAGAUUAGAUUGCUCAAUAUUUUCACUAGCUGUUGUCGUUACACUACUAUAGAAACACACAUGCAUAUUGACACUAUAUAAGUGCCGGAACAGCCAAAACCGACACAUAUAGUGUUUCUCCCAUCUCUACGGGCUGAAAAUUAAAAAAAAUAGGAACCUUUAAACAAAGGUGCUGGUUUUAGAGAAAAACCGGCACCUAUACUACAUGUAUCUUUUUUUAAAGGUACCUACAAUAUAUUAUUGGUGUCGGCUUUUAAUUAACC